ACCGCAAGUUGUUCCAUUCGAAUAAACACACAGUGCAAACGGUGGUGUAGUAAAAAUACAAAAAUUACAAAUUUUCAAACAAUUUUCCUACUGUCCUGUUCGGCAAUAACCAACAACUACAACAAAAUGAAUUUAUAUCUCACCGCCACCUGUAUCCUGCUGCUGUCCGCUGGUGCUUUUGGCGAUCCCAUUAAGGAUAAUAAUGUCGUCACACCGGCUAGUGGUUUUAAUAAGUGCUUGGAAGCUGAUUCUAUCUCGUGCCUCCAACUAACGCUCUUCCGCAAAGCUAGAUCAUUCUUUGAAAAUCCACAAAUCGAGGUAUUCGGCGGCGUCUCACUCAUCAAAUCCAACGAAGGACGUCAGGGUAAAUCGCUCGAUGACAAUGCUGUGGCCGUGGAGGCUGCAUCCAGCGUAGAGGCACGCACCAGCGAAAUGGGCACCUAUUUCAUGAACCACGCUAAGAACUUCUUUGCCGAACGAUCGUUGAACUUCAACUUUGCCAAUGCCGCACGCUCGGUAGCACGUGCCAUUCCCGAUGAUAUCAAGGCUGAUUUGCGUGAAUUGGUUGUUGAGUCGCGUACCAAGAAGAAGAAGUUGUUGAAAAAAUUCUUGCCAAUCUUGUUGGGUGUCGGUGCUAAGGUCGCUGUUUUGGGUGUCGGUGCUAUCUUCGGUCUGCUGUUCUUGGCCAAGAAGGCCCUCGUUGUGUCCGUCAUUGCUUUCUUCUUGGCCUUGGCUGCUGGUGCCUCAAGUGGUCUGAGCCGUUUGGGUGGCGGCGGCGGCGGUGGUCUGCUCGGCGGUCUCGGCGGAUUGUUCGGCGGCAAGAAUUCCGGCAGCUCCAGCGGUAGCAGUGGUGGCUGGUCAUCGGGCGCUUCCACAGGCGGCUGGUCAUCCGGCGGCAACUCUGGCUGGGACUCUCAUGGAGCGUACAGCUCGCCAGUUGCGCAAACAAUCGCCUACUCUGGCUAUAAGCAAGCCAGGCGGUAAGCACGUCGCAUACAAGUUGAAGCGCAGCUUACUAGCAUAAAAGCCUCUGCGCUGAAAAGCCAAAACAACACUUAGGGUAAUGUAAACAAACAAACUACAAAAUAUAAACUACAAAUCAACGAGAUAUAACCAAUACACGCACAAAAAUAAUAAUAACCCGCAUGGGUUAGCUGUCGAGUCGAUGACAUUGCUCGGAAAGCAUCACGAAACGAGCAAUCCUGGCAGCGGCACACGAACUGCAACGAAUUCAUAACAAAGAACUUUAUUUAUUAUUAAUUUAUUUUAAUUUAUUUAUUAUCGCAUAUAUAUAUUUUGUCAUGUAUGUAAAGAAAUGUAAAAGGACGAAAGACAAUUGGAACAACUGAACCCAAAAACGAAUCUUCAUGUGCCUGAGGCAGUAAAGAGUUGGUCGGGAAGUGAGGGGAUGGUGCAUACCAACACAUAAUAAUACAUAACUGCAUGUGAACUAACGUAUCGCUCCAACUCACUUCAUUCUUCAUACUGCACUGACCUUCACACUGUUCCAUCCAUCUAGUUUCAAGAUCUAAUUUAAUUAUUAAGCGAAAUAUUGUUAUGUACUUGCAACAAUGAGAGUAUUUGGUGUUUUUGUAAUGCGUAUUGCACAAGCUUAUGCUUGCACCUUGUUGUUGCUGUUGUUGAGUUGCACUAUUACAUCACACAAAGCUCACAUCGCGGAGGCUAUUCACACACGGGCAUAUGCAAACAACUACAUGUAUUUGCAAUAACGUGAAGACAAGGUGAACAUGCAAACAACUCAUGUCACUUCAUCCAUUGCAACCGAAACAUAUCAAGGCACACACAUAACUCUUUCAUUUGGCACAGACACAUGAACGGACACCACGCAUGUACCUACUAGUCAGCUGAUUGUGCAACUUGCAACUAAAAAAUAAUGAAAAAUUUAGCGAAAUUAAAUCAUCACCACUUUUGCUUAUCAACAAUAUUUUCUAUUUGUCUUUUCUAUCACUAUUUUCCACCCUAAUUUCACCUACUACUCUAUUUACUUUUUCUAUUUAUUUUAUUUUCCGCUCUUACCUCUAACUCUUUCCACUACUCUUUUGUCUUUUGUAAUUAUUUUCUUACUUUAACUAUCACUUAUCUCUUCUGUAUCUACUAUCGAGUUAUUACGUUAACUUAAGAACUUUUUCUAUAACUUUCGUAUUCUAUGUGUAUCUCUAUGUUAUGUAAAGUCAUGCACUGUGCUUAACAUUUAAUUCUAUCGCAUUAUCGUUGUCUUCACUCUGUAUUACAUAAUUCUAUUUACCUCUUACUAUCCUCUAUCUAUCUAUCAACUGUUUACUGCCUGCUAUUGAAAAAGACUACCACCAACUGAUAUCCUUAAAAAAAAACUACAUAUACAAACGAAUGAAUAAUAAUUCAUGUGAAAUUAAAAAAAAAACAUAUUUUCUUUUCUUUAAACAAAUCUGAAACAUUAACUCUUACCUUUCGAUACAGUGAACAUGCAAACUUAAAGAGAAAGUAAUAAAUACUAAUUAGUAUCCCACGUACUUAAAUCUACACUCAUCUCCUGGCUUAAUACUAAUCUUUGUUAUACGUCUUUAUAUAUUUUUUUAAACAGCAUUCAACUCUUAGCUAUAUAAUCGCGAAAAUCAAUCCAUUCAUAAUAACAUUUUAGAUAUCAUUCUUUGAGCUUCCAAUUCUUAUAUCAUAUUUGAAAAUUCCACCUAAAAUGUUUGUACUGAAACCCACUUCCUAACCUCGACCCACUUUCUAACUUCAAAGAACAUAGCUUCACUAUCAACAAAACAUUAAGAGCUCAAAAUAUUUUCAAUCUCAUAAUGAGCGCUCACAACCAUAUGGAUUUAAGCAUUUAGAUUUAACAUAAAAUGUAGCUUCACGCAACAAUAAUUCUACUUCUGUGGCCUUUAACAUUUAAACGUGAUUUUGCACCUCCUCAUCGCAUCGGUUGCGCCAUUAAUGCAUUUAAUGCACUUUUUCUCACGUAUAAAUAGAUAUAUUUAAUUUAUUUCACGUCAAAAUGUAUCUCUAACUUUCUUUAACUUUUUAAACGCGUUAAUUUUCAUGCCCUUUCAUUAUCACGAAAGUUCAGUAACCGCCAUGUUCGCUCAGCGCUUUGCUCACUUCUUCAAAAUUCCAUAUUUGCACAAAGGCUUUGGAUUUAACUUACUCAAGCUCAACGCAUCUCACUUUCUUUGUAAAUUUUCUAUCAAGAAGCGCUUAAGCACGUUUAAAAUCACAGCACAGCUACUUCCAACGCCCUUACGCUUUCAUUCUUAAACGCUCGCCAUGCGUUUUGCAGCACACGUACAAAUUCCUCAGUUUAUGAGCAUCAAAGCAAUCAGACAAUUAAUGACCGAUUGGCUUUGAGCAGCAACACAAAGCAUGCAUACAUAUGUAUGUAUAUACAUAUAUAACACCAGCGGAAUUUGGCGCAUUCGAAAUCAAUUUCACUCACACUAAUUUGCCUUAUUUGAAUUAUCCACACACUUUCCUUUGAAAUCAUUAAAUUUCAAAUCGGUCUAUAAAACUACGAAGCUCAGCUCACCCACGCGCCUGACUGUCCCACUUUUGUAGCAACGCUUGCUUGCUAAUUAAUUCGCGCUCGAAUUUCAUUUAUCCAAUUCUACGCCAACUUUAUGCUGAUUUCGAUAAUCUAUUUGCUCAUUUGUUAUUCAAAGAAGUCACCAAAAAUUAACAAAUCAUCGCUACUCAAAUUUACCCAUUUUCUUUUGCACUUUGCUUCUUAACCGUCUGCAUUCCCCACUGCAUUUCAUCUUCUCUACUGCCACAUUUCGAGUUCUACUACUAUACUGCUCUCUCACCUGAUUUGUUUUUAUUGCAAACAAAAAUUGUCUCCACAUUUCCCAUUCACCCGUUGUCACCUCUUAGCAAAACCAAACCAAAACAAUCAACUCACCUGCAUACACACCUGCUUACUUACAAAUAAUAACAUCGUAAAUUUUUAGUGUCAUGAUACAUGUUGUGCAUAAUGAAUGUGAAUACCCUGCACUAAAAUCAACUAGUUGCAAUCUACUUCACAACUAAAAGCAAGCGUUAACGCAACUAAUCAGCCAACUGUCUUUUUCAUGCAAUUAACUGGUACUUGUGGAUGGCAACAAAUCAGCAACAAAUACAAGAUUGCGGCACGCAACGGUAACAACAAAACGAACUGUCAAACUUAACAAUUUUUUAUAAUAAUUGUAAAGAAAGGUUUAGCAUUUCAAAAAUAGUAACAGAAUGAAAUGUAAAAAUAAAGGAUAACAAAUUGCAAAUAAAUAUCAAAUACUUCCAAGUA